AUGGCAAGGAACUUGUUGCAAUGCUCAGUAUCAGGCACAAGAAUUCAGAGAGACACUGCACAAAGAACUAAAUGUACCAGUUCAUCCAGUUUUCUCUGCAAUUAUUUGGGAUCCAUCGUCCAAGCCUUCAGAGCUUUUGGCUACAGUGAAGUGCGAGAAUACGAGAUUCUUGGCGAGGAUUUUGUCAUUGAUUUGUGCUCUGUCACUGAUGUGAUGAGAAUUGUCAUCGAUUUGAUGGUAAAGCUUCAAAGCCUGAGCUGUCCAUGCUGGAAAAUAUGCGUUUGGUUUCCAUAUGUAAACAAAUUUCUUGAACAACUGGAACAUGUCAGCAUUGCAAGCCCACCAGGAAGCAUGAAGGUUCUCAAGGCCAAUAUUAAAGAUAUCAUGGAAGAACAGAAGUUCAAAGAUCGUAACCGGGUGGUUGCUGGAGUCCCACAAUGA